AUGGCGCCUCUUAUUCGAGUGAUCGGUUCCCUCAAUGCCGACAUGGUGUCGGUAACACCUCGAUUCCCGUUCCCUGGCGAAACAAUCACCGCGUCAUCCUACUUCCAGAGCGCGGGCGGCAAGGGUGCAAACCAAGCAGUUGCAUGCGGACGCAUGUCCCGACCGAAGCCACAAGCCAACUCAGAAGGCCUUCACACCGACAGUGACGUCCAAGUUGAGAUGGUCGGUGCCGUAGGUGGACGGGACGGCCACUUCUCCGCCCUGCUAAAGCCGACUCUGGAGAAAUCCGGCGUAGACCCAUCACGGGUCCGUGUUAUCGAAGACGCAUAUACUGGUGUGGCAGUAAUCAUCGUUGACUCAUCCUCUGGAGGUGAGAAUCGCAUUGUGUUCUCUCCUGGUGCAAACUACCAGGGUAUGCAAGCGACGCCCGACGUUUUGGCCAUGGCUCUCGCGGCUCCUGUGCCCGACGUGAUCGUGAUGCAAGGCGAAAUACCCGUGGACACAGUGAUAUGGUUCUUAAGAGAAAUUGCGACGUUCAAGACGAAGAAUCGCACUGCUGGGAAGCGCGGCAUUGAGCGUGGCCCUGACGUUAUGCUGAACCCAGCCCCCGCUCCACCCGGUGGACUCCCCGAGGAUGUCUACUAUGGCGUUGAUCAUUUGAUCUUGAACGAGACCGAAGCGGAGCUGAUGACCCCACCAACCGAGCAAUUGCUCCGCAUUGUUCCCGAUGCCGACAAGCUGGAAAACAAGGAGAAGGUGGCGCGAUACUUCCACAAGCUGGGCGUUACUUACGUCUUGAUUACGUUGGGAGCCAAGGGUGUUUGGUACAGUGCUACAGACGGUGGAACUUCUGGACCCAGCGAUGGAGUCCGGCGCUUCACUAACGAACUCCCAGCAGCCCCUGUGUCUCAGGUGUUGGACACCACCGCUGCGGGAGAUACUUUUGUGGGGGCAUAUGCGGUCAAGGUUGCGCGGUGGCGCGAACAGCGCCGUGCAGAGGGCAAGUCUGGAAAGGAUAUUACAGAUGACGAGAAGCCAUAUCGCUACAAGACCGUUAUGGACGAGGCUAUGCAGCUGGCUGCGCGUGCGUCCGCUCGGGCCGUAGAACGGUUGGGUGCAAUGGACAGCAUUCCAUUUGAGGAUGAAGUUUAA